GAAGAAAAAAGCAGCGGAAGUGUGGCUUUCGUUUCCGUGUGACCUAUUUAGUUUCAUUAGCAUCAGUAAAUAAUCAGCGUUUCAGUCAGACGAUGGAGUUAUCGGUUUUUAAAAUAGGCUUUCCCGUUUUGCGAUAGGGUACCUUUUGAAGUUUGCUAUCCUAAUUGAAUCGGUACAAAGUCAAAGAUGUAUGUCCAUUUGAGGCGUUAUUAAACGUAGCUGUUAUUGUUAGCUACUUUAGAUAAGCGGUUGCGGUUAAAAUGAGAUCUUAGCUGAACGCUGCGUUUUAGGGUGUUUUCUGCUAUUUAUCCAGUUUAUAGUAGCUAGCUGAGAUUAUCAUUUGCUGGCUGUUAAAAACUACACGUUUAGCUUUCACUCGCAGGAACCUUUGGAUGUUCAGUGUGCCAGGAAGUGACUCCACAGCCCCAUGUCUGCGGAGGCUUCCCUUGGCGGUCAUGCUGCCGACUCCACUCUUCCCCAGCCGGUCUGCCACAUCUCUGAUGGACACAGAAAUCUGGGUCUGCUGGGGAGCAAGUAUGUCAAGCUGAAUGUGGGUGGCUCGCUGCAUUAUACAACUGUCCAGACAUUAAGCAAAGAAGACAGUCUGCUGCGAAGCAUCUGCACUGGAGGGACAGACGUCACCAUCGACUCUGAAGGUUGGGUGGUUUUGGAGCGGUGCGGCCGGCACUUUGAACUAGUGUUGAACUUCCUGCGGGACGGCUCGGUACCACUUCCAGAGGACUCCAGAGAACUGGACGAGGUCCUAAAGGAGGCUCAGUACUAUCGAGUACAGGGGCUUGUGCAGCACUGCCUCAGUGCUAUGCAGAUACAAAAGGACGUUUUUGAAAGUGUGUGUUGCAUUCCCAUGAUCACCUCAGCCAAAGAAGAGCAGAGGAUGAUUGCAACAUGUAGGAAGCCGGUUGUAAAGCUGCAGAACAACAGAGGAAACAACAAAUACUCCUAUACAAGCAACUCUGAUGACAACCUGUUGAAGAACAUCGAGCUGUUUGAUAAACUUGUGCUCCGAUUUAACGGCCGUGUCCUGUUUGUCAAAGACGUGCUCGGGGAUGAGAUCUGCUGUUGGUCUUUCUACGGUGAAGGCCGUAAGAUUGCUGAAGUGUGCUGCACUUCCAUCGUCUAUGCAACCGAGAAGAAACAGACCAAAGUUGAGUUUCCUGAGGCGCGGAUAUUUGAAGAAACACUUAACAUCCUGAUCUAUGAGAACAACAGAAGGUCCGGUCCUGGAGGGCUACACCUUUUAGAUCCGUCACUGGGAGCCGGCCAUUCCGAGGAAGAGGGUGCUGCAGGGGGGGACAGACGGGUGAGACGGAUCCACGUCAGAAGGCACAUAAUGCACGACGAGAGGGGACACGGCCAGCAGACCGUCUAUAAGGACUAAUUCUGUGAAAAAUAAUAGUAGUAAGGCAUGGAAGAGUGAUUUGUUUAGCUUGUUUGUUUUGAAUGCGGUAACAGCUCAGUCUUAACUUAUUUCAUCAAAUGUCUUUAAGCACACUUGCAGAAAUCUAGGAAUUGACUGAUAUGUGAUUCAGCUUAGAGAAAAAUGUUUACAAAAACGAUGUGUGUACAUUCUUUUGAUAGGAAAUCAGUAAAAAGUAACUGUGACUGAAACUCGAUGACUUCACCUGUUAAAGACUGCUGCAAGGUACAGAAUGCCCCAGAAAAUCCUAAAGCCAACCCUGAUUUUUAUUUAUAGGGUACGUACUGUUGACUGUGAGAAAAUGGCCUGCACUGGCAGCUUCCUUGGUGUUUAAUCUGUCGGUUUUCCCAGAGUGUUAAUGGUCUGAUGUUCACGUUCUCUGCUGAACAGCGACUGACACGCUGUUGACGUGGAGCCUUGACAUGUUAACACUGGAAAUGAACGAAAAAUAUCGAGGGCGAAUGAGCAGCUCAGUUUUCUUGUUUAAAUUAUUACACGUGUUGCAUCUUGCUGUUUUUUAAUUAAUUUAUUAACCUAAUUUAUUGUUUGGUAUUUAACUUUUGUAACAAAUCCAGUGUUUGUGUUACUUAUUGCUUAGGUGUAAUUCUGCACUCAAAUUGUAUUUUAGGAAAUCAGAAACUUCAGUUCAAUGUUUGACAAACUGUGACCAGUUCGUUUGAUCUGAGCCAUAAUCCUUUACUUUCACGUUGUCUUAAACCAGAUCACACACAGAUUGGCUAUGCAGUCACCAAAAAAGGCAGACAAGUGUUUUAUUUGCCUCAGGGAGAGGAAGAGUUAUUUUCUUUUGAAUAUUCUGUAGUGACUGGUGCAAUCCUAAGCACUCCGAAGAGGGGGGAGAAGAAAGUUUGAAUGGGAGAUGAGUGUUUGUCAGACCCAUAAAUGUGGAACUCCUUGAAAAAUGCACUAAUAAUACUUCCAUCCUUUGUUCUUGGAAAUGUUCUAAAUAAAUCGCUUAUGAAAAUGA